AUGACGGGCCAUGGGUCUGAAUUGUCUGAGGCUGCUCACAGCCCCUUCCAGAAGUUCCUGCUGUCUCUCAGGUGUGGCGACUACCCGAAGCUCCCUGACCGUUCACAGCAUGAGAGGGAUCCAUGGUAUAGCUGGGACCAACCGGACCUGAGAUUGAACUGGGGUGAACCGAUGCACUGGCACAUAGACAUGUACACCAGGAACCGUGUGGAUACAUCCCCCACACCUGUUUCUUGGAAUGUCAUGUGUAUGCACCUCUUCGGUUUCCUGGCUUUCAUGACAUUCAUGUUCUGGGUGGGGGACGUGUACCCUUCCUACCAGCCUGUGGGACCAAAGCAGUAUCCUUACAAUAAUCUGUACCUGGAACGAGGCGGCGAUCCCUCCAAAGAACCUGAGCCGGUGGUUCACUAUGAGAUCUGAGGAGGCUUCGUGGGCUUUUGUGUCCUCUUAACUAGGACUCCCUUAUUCCUAGAAAUUUAAUCUUAAUGAAAUCCUUAAUAAAACUCAGUGCUGUGGUA